UGCGCGGUGCGGGCGGCGGCGCGGGGGGACGCGGUGGCGCCGGGCCCGGCGCAGGCGGGGGGUGGAGGCGCGAGCGGAGCAUGAAUGGGGCAAGAUGGCGGAUCAUGUGCAGAGCCUGGCCCAGCUGGAGAACCUGUGCAAGCAGCUCUAUGAGACCACGGACACGGGCACGCGCCUGCAGGCCGAGAAGGCCCUGGUGGAGUUCACCAACAGCCCCGACUGCCUGAGCAAGUGCCAGCUGCUCCUCGAGAGAGGCAGCUCCUCCUACUCCCAGUUGCUGGCGGCCACCUGCCUUACCAAACUGGUGUCGCGCACAAACAACCCGCUGCCGCUGGAGCAGCGCAUCGACAUCCGGAAUUAUGUGCUGAACUACCUGGCCACGAGGCCGAAGCUGGCGACGUUCGUGACGCAGGCGCUGAUCCAGCUCUACGCCAGGAUCACCAAGCUGGGCUGGUUCGACUGCCAGAAGGACGAGUACGUCUUCAGGAACGUCAUCAACGACGUCACCCGCUUCCUGCAGGACAGUGUAGAGCACUGCAUCAUAGGAGUGACAAUCCUGUCCCAACUAACGAAUGAAAUUAAUCAAGUAAGUGCUACAGCCUUCCUCAGUGAAGCGGACACCACCCACCCCCUGACCAAGCACAGGAAAAUCGCCUCUUCCUUCCGAGAUUCCUCUUUAUUUGAUAUUUUCACCCUGUCCUGCAGUUUACUGAAACAGGCUUCUGGGAAGAACCUGAACCUGAACGAUGAGAGCCAGCACGGGCUGCUGAUGCAGCUCCUCAAGCUCACCCACAACUGCCUGAACUUCGAUUUCAUCGGCACCUCCACGGACGAGUCCUCGGAUGAUCUUUGCACUGUGCAGAUCCCAACCAGUUGGAGAUCAGCAUUCUUGGAUUCUUCGACCCUUCAGUUGUUUUUUGAUCUUUAUCAUUCCAUCCCUCCUUCAUUUUCUCCUCUGGUUUUAUCCUGCUUGGUGCAGAUCGCCUCCGUGCGCCGCUCCCUCUUCAACAACGCCGAGAGGGCAAAGUUCUUAUCUCACCUGGUGGAUGGAGUGAAACGGAUACUGGAAAACCCCCAGAGUUUGUCAGACCCCAACAAUUACCACGAGUUCUGCCGGCUGCUGGCCCGGUUGAAAAGCAAUUACCAACUGGGAGAACUGGUGAAGGUGGAGAACUACCCCGAGGUGAUCCGGCUCAUCGCCAACUUCACCGUCACCAGCCUGCAGCACUGGGAGUUCGCUCCCAACAGCGUGCACUACCUGCUGAGCCUGUGGCAGCGCCUGGCCGCGUCCGUGCCCUACGUGAAGGCCACGGAGCCGCACAUGCUGGAGACCUACACGCCCGAGGUGACCAAAGCCUACAUCACCUCCCGCCUGGAAUCCGUGCACAUCAUCCUCAGGGAUGGCCUGGAGGACCCUCUGGAGGACACGGGGCUGGUGCAGCAGCAGCUGGACCAGCUGUCCACCAUCGGGCGCUGCUAGUACGAGAAGACGUGCGCGCUGCUGGUGCAGCUCUUCGACCAGGCCGCCCAGUCCUACCAGGAGCUGCUGCAGAGCGCCAGCGCCAGCCCCAUGGACCUGGCCGUGCAGGAAGGGCGGCUGACGUGGCUGGUGUACAUCAUCGGCGCCGUCAUCGGCGGCCGCGUGUCCUUCGCCAGCACGGACGAGCAGGACGCCAUGGACGGCGAGCUGGUCUGCAGGGUGCUGCAGCUGAUGAACCUGACGGACUCGCGCCUGGCUCAGGCGGGCAAUGAGAAGCUGGAGCUGGCCAUGCUCAGCUUCUUCGAGCAGUUCCGCAAGAUCUACAUCGGGGACCAGGUGCAGAAGUCUUCCAAGCUGUACCGGAGGCUCUCGGAGGUGCUGGGGCUGAAUGACGAGACCAUGGUGCUGAGCGUGUUCAUCGGGAAGAUCAUCACCAACCUGAAGUACUGGGGCCGCUGUGAGCCGAUCACCUCCAAGACCCUGCAGCUGCUCAACGACCUCUCCAUUGGGUACAGCAGCGUGCGGAAGCUGGUGAAGCUCAGCGCCGUGCAGUUCAUGCUGAACAAUCACACGAGCGAGCACUUUUCCUUCCUGGGAAUCAACAACCAGUCCAACCUGACGGACAUGCGCUGCCGGACCACGUUCUACACGGCCCUGGGACGGCUCCUCAUGGUGGAUUUAGGGGAGGACGAGGAUCAGUACGAGCAGUUCAUGCUGCCCCUCACCGCUGCCUUCGAGACCGUGGCUCAGAUGUUCAGCACCAACUCCUUCAACGAGCAGGAGGCCAAGCGCACGCUGGUGGGGCUGGUGCGGGACCUGCGGGGCAUCGCCUUCGCCUUCAACGCCAAGACCAGCUUCAUGAUGCUCUUCGAGUGGAUUUACCCCUCGUACAUGCCCAUCCUGCAGCGAGCCAUCGAGCUCUGGUACCACGACCCCGCCUGCACCACGCCCGUCCUCAAGCUCAUGGCCGAGCUGGUCCACAACAGGUCCCAACGGCUGCAGUUCGAUGUCUCCUCUCCCAACGGGAUCCUGCUUUUCCGGGAGACCAGCAAGAUGAUCACGACCUACGGGAAUCGCAUCCUGACGCUGGGCGAGGUGCCCAAGGACCAGGUGUACGCGCUGAAGCUGAAGGGAAUCUCCAUCUGCUUCUCCAUGCUGAAGGCGGCGCUCAGCGGCAGCUACGUCAACUUCGGCGUCUUCCGGCUCUACGGGGACGACGCGCUGGACAACGCCCUGCAGACCUUCAUCAAACUGCUGCUCUCCAUCCCCCACAGCGACCUGCUGGAUUAUCCCAAGCUCAGCCAAUCCUACUAUUCCCUGCUGGAAGUGCUCACCCAGGACCACAUGAACUUCAUUGCCAGCCUGGAGCCCCACGUCAUCAUGUACAUCCUGUCCUCCAUCUCCGAGGGCCUCACCGCGCUGGACACCAUGGUGUGCACGGGCUGCUGCUCCUGCCUGGACCACAUCGUCACCUACCUGUUCAAGCAGCUCUCGCGCAGCACCAAGAAGAGAUCGACGCCUCUGGCCCAGGAGAGCGAUCGCUUCCUGCACAUCAUGCAGCAGCACCCCGAGAUGAUCCAGCAGAUGCUCUCGACGGUGCUGAACAUCAUCAUCUUCGAGGACUGCCGGAACCAGUGGUCCAUGUCCCGGCCCCUGCUCGGCCUCAUCCUGCUCAACGAGAAGUACUUCUCGGACCUGAGGAACAGCAUCGUGAACAGCCAGCCCCCGGAGAAGCAGCAGGCCAUGCACCUGUGCUUCGAGAACCUCAUGGAGGGCAUCGAGCGCAACCUGCUCACCAAGAACCGCGACAGGUUCACCCAGAACCUGUCGGCGUUCCGGAGGGAGGUCAACGACUCCAUGAAGAACUCGAGCUACGGCGUCAACAGCAACGACAUGAUGAGCUGACAGCUGGCGAGCUGAGCCCGGCCCCGCGCGGUGCCAGGGCCCCGGGAGGAGCGAGCAGCAGGUGGAGCUCACCUGGGCAGGUGUUUUCCCGUGGGAAGGGCAGAAUCCAGGUGCAGGAAUUCCAAGGUGUCUGUGUCUCUCUUUUUCCUUCCCUGGCCGGAAUGUGGAACCGGCGGCGCUCCGCUGCGAAAAGCCUGCCUUGUAUAAAAACAACAAAAAAAAAAAAAAAAAAAAAAAAAAACA